AUGCCUCCUCUCCAAACGAGUGAAGACCUCCUCAUCUGCUGUGCUUGUGGCACGCAAUUCGACAUAUCUGCAAAUCAGCCCCUCCAAGCAUGUCGAAUCUGUGAUGACCCCCGCCAAUUCGUCCCUCCCACAGGCCAAUCCUGGACAAGUCUCCACGAAAUGCACACCCAAACACAACCCUCUUACCACAACACCUUCCACCCGGACGCCCUCGACUCCCGCAUAACCUCCAUUUGCACCUCUCCCAAAUUCGCCAUCGGCCAACGCUGCAUUCUGCUCGAAACUUCACACGGAAAUAUUCUGUGGGAUUGUAUUACCUAUCUCGAUCAAGCCACGGUGGAUUUCAUCGCGUCGCGAGGCGGGUUGCGGGGGAUUGUGAUUAGUCAUCCGCAUUAUUAUACGACGCAUUUGGAUUGGGCGAGGACGUUUGAUUGUCCUGUGUGGUUUUCGCAGGAGGAUGCCGAGGAGUGGGUGAGUCGGGGGGAUGGAGAGGGGAGGAGGAGGUUGAUUUUGAAGGGGAGGGGGGAGGAGGAUGUUUUGGGUGUGGUCAAGGCGAUUAAAGUCGGAGGACAUUUUCCUGGAUCGUUGGUGUUGUUGUGGGAAAAGAAAUUGUUUGUGGCGGAUAGUUUGGUUACUACUCCGUCCGCCCUCUACCACCACAACCGCCCCCCAGGCACAAACUCCUACGUAUUCAUGUGGUCCAUCCCCAACAUGAUCCCACUCGCCCCCUCUGAAAUUUACAAAAUCUGGCUAGCGCUCCGCAAACACGAAUUCGAAAGUACUUAUGGAGCGUUUGUGGGGACAGAAGUGCGCGAUACAAAUGUCAAAGUGAGGGUGUUGGAGAGUAUGAAAAUUCAGGUGAGAGCCGAGGGGUGGGGGGAGGAAGAGGAGGAUGAUAAUAGGAAGAAGGGAGUGGAGAUUUUGGGGGAGGUGGUGUGAGAUGGUGGGAUUUUUAUGGGGCUGUUGGGGUGGGGGAAUGGGAGGGGUGGAGUGGUGGAGUUUGGUAUGUUUUCUGGUCUUUUUGAGGUUGUGGAUUUGGUGUGGCGUCUGCUGAUGGAAUGGAUGGAGCAGUUGCUUGGAGAUG